UCGGUGACGCUGGCGACGGGGCCGCGAAGCCGACGGCCGCCCGUGCGAUGCGUCGUCCGGAUCGCCAGUGAGAGUGUCGUGUCGUCGGCUAUUGAAUAAGGCAUGUGUAGAGGUACGGGAAGCAAGAGCAGCAGAAGCGCGGCUUGCGGCCCAAGCCACGAGAAUGCGCGGCCCGGAGCCGGCAGCUCGCGACCGGCGCCUCGCGGACUUGCUAUAGCCAUGUUGCUGGAGCCCGGACUCAAAGCGGAGAUGGCGCUUUUCGGAAUGGUGUGGCUCUUGCGGGUGCGCGCGGAGAUGCGCCGGUGUGCCAAGUGUAGACGCGAGGAACUGCAACAGAAACAGCAACAGCAGCAGCAGCAACAACAACAGCAACAGCAACAGCAGCAACAGCAAUCACAAGCGCAGCAAACGCCUUCAUCGCAGCCGCCGUCGCAGCAACUCUUUCAGCCUCAGAUGCAAUCGCAGAGUCAACAGACCUCGGACGAUCACAUUUCAGCCUCUUCUGUCGCCACGUAUUUCACUACGCUCGACACGCCUGGGCCGGGAGGUACAUACUGCGAGGUGCAUGGCUACGUCCCUCCGAAAGAAGAUAUUCAGGAGUUCUACGAAUUGACACUUCUGGACGACACCAAGUCCAUCCAGCAGAAGACUGCAGAGACGAUCCGAAUAGCCAACAAAUGGGAAGCCAGCGACGGACCCAUCACACCCACCUACGGAAACAACGACUUGGAAAGCAAAAUACACAGAUGA